AUGCCUUCCUCAAGUUCCGCCAGUUCUCGCAGUGGCUCCCUGCAGUCAUCGGCAGGCUCCAACAAUGUCAUCCAGAGCAAAGCCGAUCCCAAUGCGGCUUUGUAUGAGGCACAGCCUAUGGCUGUCAGCGCAGACAUGGGCAACCGUGACGUCUUUUCUUUAAGAAGCAUGCAACACAAGGAUCGUGAGGGGAAAGUCAUCGCCGACCCCGAUCUCUCCAACCCAACUCGUCCCCGCUUCGAGCGCCCAUUAGACACUAUCCGAGGAUUCGAAGCCGCGAUCGAGUCAACACGGAAGCAAAAUCGCAUGUGA